AUGGUAAUGGAGGCGUCCCCAUCCCCGCAGAGCGUUGGCCGUGAAUUCGUCCGCCAGUACUACACGCUGCUCAACAAGGCGCCGGCCUAUCUGCAUAGAUUUUACAACAACUAUUCGUCGUUCGUGCACGGCGGUCUGGACGCGCCCAACCGCGAGACACUGCCAGUCGUUGGACAGAAGCAAAUACACAAUCGCAUUCAGCAACUCAACUUCCGCGACUGCCAUGCCAAGAUCAGCCAGGUGGACUCGCAAGCAACGCUGGGCAACGGUGUGGUAGUGCAGGUGACUGGCGAGCUGUCCAACGGUGGGGCGCCCAUGCGCCGUUUUACCCAGACCUUUGUUCUUGCUGCGCAGUCACCUAAGAAGUACUAUGUACACAACGACAUAUUUCGCUAUCAGGACAUAGUGUUCUCGGACGAGGAGGGCGAGGGGUCCGGGCGGUCGGAGGGCGAGGAGGAGGAGGCGGGGGGAGUGGCGGGUGGGUACUUCCCGCCGCCGCCGACCGCCUUCCCGGCCGCGUUCCCCGCGCCGCCCGCGCCGCCGCUGGCGCCCAUGCUGUCGCCGCCCGCCCCCGCCCCCGCCCCUGCGCCCGCGCCCGCGCCUGCCCCCGCCCCCACCGCCCCUGCGCCCGUUCCCGCCCCUGCGCAUGUACCACACGUCAACGGACUUCCGGCACCGAUGGACGAAACACGCCACCUGGUAGCGGCGAUGCAAGCGAGCUCAAUAUCGGGCGGGCUGGAGCGGGAGCCGGAAGCGGAGGCGGAGGCGGAGGCGCCGCCGGCCGAGCCCGAGCGCGAGCCCACGCCGCCGCCGCACCACGUGGCGCCGGAGCCAAAAACCUACGCGAAUCUGCUGAAGUCCGGGUCGGGCGCGGGCUCGACGAUGACGCGCAGCUCCCCGCCCGCCCCCGCGCCCGCGCCCGCCGCCGCGCCCGCUGCGCCGCCCGCCUCCGCGCCCGCUCCCGCGCCCGCCCCGCAGGAACAGCGCCCGCGCCCGCCACGCGUGCAGCAGCAGCCGCCAGCGGACGGCGGGCGACGGUACUCGGACGCGCAGCAGCUGUUCCUGGGCAACUUGCCGCACUCGGCCACGGAGGAGGAGCUGCGGGCGCUGUUCGCGCGCUUCGGGCCCGUGGCCGAGCUGCGCGUGCACAGCAAGCCCGCCGCGCCCGGCGCGCCGCGCCACCCCAACUACGGCUUCAUCACCUACGAGACCGCGCAGGCCGCGCACGAGUGCCUCAACGCAGCGCCACUGUACUUCCCCGCGGAUAGCCCGGAGGGUACGGGUGUGAAGCUGAACGUGGAGGAGAAGAAGACGCGGGGACGAGAAGCCCCGCGCCGCCGCCCGCUCUCCUCGCACCGCGCCGCCUUCCAGUCGCGCCAGACCUUCCGCCGCUAG